GCUGUCAAAAAGGACUCAUCCUUUGCAAGCAAGGUGAAAAGAGUGGUCAUCCUUGGCGGAUCUUUCUUUGCAUUGGGAAAUGUCAAUCCUGCUGCCGAAGCAAAUAUGGAGAAUUCUGUUAGAGUAUCUCUUAAGAAUCUUGGAGUGUCAUACUUGGAUCUCUAUUUGAUGUAUGGGCCUGAGAGCUCGGCAUUUGGAGAUGCUACUGAUCCUCCUACUAAGUUAGGGAGUGAGUAUAGGCAGUUUCUGAAUCGGUUCAAGACUACAUGGAAAGCAAUGGAAGGUCUGGUGGAGUUGGGUCUAGUUCGAGCCAUUGGCAUUAGCCAUUUUAAUAUAGAGCAGAUCAAAGAAUUGCUUAAGUUUGCAAAAAUGGUUCCAGUAGUCAAUCAGGUUAACUCUUUAUUCUUGGAUUUUUGA